AUGUUUACAGAGAACUACGAUCUCAUUCCGGCUGCUCGGGAGAAUUAUGCAAAAUCUCCUCUCACUCUAGUCUCCUCUCGCUCCUGUCUCCUCUCGCUCCUGUCUCCUCUCACUCUAGUCUCCUCUCACUCUGGUCUCCUCUCGCUCCUGUCUCCUCUCGCUCCUGUCUCCUCUCGCUCUGGUCUCCUCUCGCUCUGGUCUCCUCUCGCUCUGGUCUCCUCUCGCUCCUGUCUCCUCUCGCUCUGGUCUCCUCUCGCUCUGGUCUCCUCUCGCUCCUGUCUCCUCUCGCUCCUGUCUCCUCUCGCUCUGGUCUCCUCUCGCUCUGGUCUCCUCUCGCUCUGGUCUCCUCUCACUCCUGUCUCCUCUCGCUCUGGUCUCCUCUCGCUCUGGUCUCCUCUCACUCUGUCUCCUCUCACUCUCUGUCUCCUCUCGCUCCUGUCUCCUCUCGCUCCUGUCUCCUCUCCUCUGUCUCCUCUCGCUCUGGUCUCCUCUCGCUCUGGUCUCCUCUCCUCUCUGUCUCCUCUCGCUCUGGUCUCCUCUCGCUCUGGUCUCCUCUCGCUCUGGUCUCCUCUCGCUCCUGGUCUCCUCUCGCUCUGGUCUCCUCUCCUCUGUCUCUCUCUCUCUGUCUCCUCUCGCUCUGUCUCUCUCGCUCUGGUCUCCUCUCACUCCUGUCUCCUCUCACUCUGGUCUCCUCUCGCUCCUGGUCUCCUCUCACUCCUGUCUCCUCUCACUCCUGUCUCCUCUCGCUCUGGUCUCCUCUCGCUCCUGUCUCCUCUCACUCCUGUCUCCUCUCGCUCUGGUCUCCUCUCACUCCUGUCUCCUCUCGCUCUGGUCUCCUCUCACUCCUGUCUCCUCUCACUCCUGUCUCCUCUCGCUCCUGUCUCCUCUCACUCCUGUCUCCUCUCGCUCCUGUCUCCUCUCACUCCUGUCUCCUCUCGCUCUGGUCUCCUCUCGCUCUGGUCUCCUCUCACUCCUGUCUCCUCUCGCUCCUGUCUCCUCUCACUCCUGUCUCCUCUCGCUCUGGUCUCCUCUCGCUCUGGUCUCCUCUCACUCCUGUCUCCUCUCACUCCUGUCUCCUCUCGCUCUGGUCUCCUCUCGCUCCUGUCUCCUCUCACUCCUGUCUCCUCUCGCUCUGGUCUCCUCUCUCUCCUGUCUCCUCUCACUCCUGUCUCCUCUCGCUCUGGUCUCCUCUCGCUCUGGUCUCCUCUCACUCUGUCUCCUCUCGCUCCUGUCUCCUCUCCUCCUGUCUCCUCUCACUCUGUCUCCUCUCACUCUGGUCUCCUCUCACUCUGUCUCCUCUCCUCUGUCUCCUCUCGCUCUGGUCUCCUCUCGCUGUCUCCUCUCCUCUGUCUCCUCUCGCUCUGGUCUCCUCUCGCUCUGUCUCCUCUCCUCCUGUCUCCUCUCCUCUGUCUCCUCUCGCUCUGGUCUCCUCUCGCUCUGGUCUCUCUCUCUGUCUCCGCUCUGUCUCUCUGCUCUGGUCUCUCCUCUGCUCUGGUCUCCUCUCGCUCUGUCUCCUCUCCUCUCGCUCUGUCUCCUCUCGCUCCUGUCUCCUCUCACUCCUGUCUCCUCUCGCUCCUGUCUCCUCUCGCUCUGGUCUCCUCUCGCUCUGGUCUCCCUCUCACUCCUGUCUCCUCUCACUCCUGUCUCCUCUCACUCCUGUCUCCUCUCGCUCUGGUCUCCUCUCACUCCUGUCUCCUCUCGCUCUGGUCUCCUCUCGCUCUGGUCUCCUCUCACUCUGGUCUCCUCUCACUCCUGUCUCCUCUCACUCCUGUCUCCUCUCGCUCUGGUCUCCUCUCGCUCUGGUCUCCUCUCGCUCUGGUCUCCUCUCGCUCUGGUCUCCUCUCGCUCUGGUCUCCUCUCUCGCUCUGGUCUCCUCUCACUCUGUCUCCUCUCGCUCUGGUCUCCUCUCGCUCUGUCUCCUCUCGCUCUGGUCUCCUCUCGCUCUGGUCUCCUCUCGCUCUGGUCUCCUCUCACUCCUGUCUCCUCUCACUCCUGUCUCCUCUCGCUCUGGUCUCCUCUCGCUCUGGUCUCCUCUCACUCCUGUCUCCUCUCGCUCUGGUCUCCUCUCGCUCUGGUCUCCUCUCACUCCUGUCUCCUCUCGCUCCUGUCUCCUCUCGCUCUGGUCUCCUCUCGCUCUGGUCUCCUCUCACUCCUGUCUCUCUCUCCUCUCUGUCUCCUCUCGCUCUGGUCUCCUCUCGCUCUGGUCUCCUCUCACUCCUGUCUCCUCUCGCUCUGGUCUCCUCUCGCUCUGGUCUCCUCUCACUCCUGGUCUCCUCUCACUCCUGUCUCCUCUCGCUCCUGUCUCCUCUCACUCCUGUCUCCUCUCGCUCCUGUCUCUCUCCUCUCUCCUCUCUCUGUCUCCUCUCGCUCUGGUCUCCUCUCGCUCUGGUCUCCUCUCGCUCUGGUCUCCUCUCACUCUGGUCUCCUCUCACUCUCCUGUCUCCUCUCGCUCUGUCUCCUCUCGCUCUGGUCUCCUCUCGCUCUGGUCUCCUCUCGCUCUGGUCUCCUCUCACUCCUGUCUCCUCUCGCUCUAGUCUCCUCUCGCUCCUGUCUCCUCUCGCUCUGGUCUCCUCUCGCUCUGGUCUCCUCUCACUCCUGUCUCCUCUCGCUCUGGUCUCCUCUCGCUCUGGUCUCCUCUCGCUCUGGUCUCCUCUCACUCCUGUCUCCUCUCGUUCUAGUCUCCUCUCACUCCUGUCUCCUCUCGCUCUGGUCUCCUCUCGCUCUGGUCUCCUCUCACUCCUGUCUCCUCUCGCUCUGGUUUCCCCUCGCUCUGGUCUCCUCUCGCUCUGGUUUCCCCUCGCUCUGGUCUCCUCUCGCUCUGGUCUCCUCUCGCUCUGGUCUCCUCUCACUCCUGUCUCCCUCGCUCUGGUCUCCCCUCGCUCUGGUCUCCUCUCGCUCCUGUCUCCUCUCACUCCUGUCUCCUCUCUCGCUCUGGUCUCCUCUCGCUCUGGUCUCCUCUCACUCCUGUCUCCUCUCGCUCCUGUCUCCUCUCACUCCUGUCUCCUCUCGCUCCUGUCUCCUCUCGCUCUGGUCUCCUCUCACUCUGGUCUCCUCUCACUCCUGUCUCCUCUCACUCCUGUCUCCUCUCACUCCUGUCUCCUCUCGCUCCUGUCUCCUCUCACUCCUGUCUCCUCUCGCUCUGGUCUCCUCUCGCUCUGGUCUCCUCUCGCUCUGGUCUCCUCUCACUCUGGUCUCCUCUCACUCCUGUCUCCUCUCACUCCUGUCUCCUCUCACUCCUGUCUCCUCUCGCUCUGGUCUCCUCUCGCUCUGGUCUCCUCUCACUCCUGUCUCCUCUCACUCCUGUCUCCUCUCGCUCCUGUCUCCUCUCGCUCUGGUCUCCUCUCGCUCUGGUCUCCUCUCACUCCUGUCUCCUCUCACUCCUGUCUCCUCUCACUCCUGUCUCCUCUCGCUCCUGUCUCCUCUCGCUCUGGUCUCCUCUCGCUCUGGUCUCCUCUCACUCCUGUCUCCUCUCACUCCUGUCUCCUCUCGCUCUGGUCUCCUCUCGCUCUGGUCUCCUCUCACUCCUGUCUCCUCUCGCUCUGGUCUCCUCUCGCUCUGGUCUCCUCUCACUCCUGUCUCCUCUCACUCCUGUCUCCUCUCACUCCUGUCUCCUCUCGCUCCUGUCUCCUCUCACUCCUGUCUCCUCUCGCUCCUGUCUCCUCUCACUCCUGUCUCCUCUCGCUCUGGUCUCCUCUCGCUCUGGUCUCCUCUCGCUCUGGUCUCCUCUCACUCUGGUCUCCUCUCACUCCUGUCUCCUCUCGCUCCUGUCUCCUCUCGCUCUGGUCUCCUCUCGCUCUGGUCUCCUCUCGCUCUGGUCUCCUCUCACUCCUGUCUCCUCUCGCUCUGGUCUCCUCUCGCUCCUGUCUCCUCUCGCUCUGGUCUCCUCUCGCUCUGGUCUCCUCUCACUCCUGUCUCCUCUCGCUCUGGUCUCCUCUCGCUCUGGUCUCCUCUCGCUCUGGUCUCCUCUCACUCCUGUCUCUUCUCGUUCUAGUCUCCUCUCACUCCUGUCUCCUCUCGCUCUGGUCUCCUCUCGCUCUGGUCUCCUCUCACUCCUGUCUCCUCUCGCUCUGGUUUCCCCCUCGCUCUGGUCUCCUCUCGCUCUGGUUUCCCCCUCGCUCUGGUCUCCUCUCGCUCUGGUCUCCUCUCGCUCUGGUCUCCUCUCACUCCUGUCUCCUCUCGCUCCUGUCUCCUCUCACUCCUGUCUCCUCUCGCUCCUGUCUCCUCUCACUCCUGUCUCCUCUCGCUCUGGUCUCCUCUCGCUCUGGUCUCCUCUCGCUCUGGUCUCCUCUCACUCUGGUCUCCUCUCACUCCUGUCUCCUCUCGCUCCUGUCUCCUCUCGCUCUGGUCUCCUCUCGCUCUGGUCUCCUCUCGCUCUGGUCUCCUCUCACUCCUGUCUCCUCUCGCUCUGGUCUCCUCUCGCUCCUGUCUCCUCUCGCUCUGGUCUCCUCUCGCUCUGGUCUCCUCUCGCUCUGGUCUCCUCUCCUCCUGUCUCCCUCUUCUCCUCUCACUCCUGUCUCCUCUCGCUCUGGUCUCCUCUCGCUCUGGUCUCCUCUCACUCCUGUCUCCUCUCGCUCUGGUUUCCCCCUCGCUCUGGUCUCCUCUCGCUCUGGUUUCCCCCUCGCUCUGGUCUCCUCUCGCUCUGGUCUCCUCUCGCUCUGGUCUCCUCUCACUCCUGUCUCCCCUCGCUCUGGUUUCCCCCUCGCUCUGGUCUCCUCUCGCUCCUGUCUCCUCUCACUCCUGUCUCCUCUCGCUCUGGUCUCCUCUCGCUCUGGUCUCCUCUCACUCCUGUCUCCUCUCGCUCCUGUCUCCUCUCACUCCUGUCUCCUCUCGCUCCUGUCUCCUCUCGCUCUGGUCUCCUCUCACUCCUGUCUCCUCUCACUCCUGUCUCCUCUCACUCCUGUCUCCUCUCGCUCCUGUCUCCUCUCGCUCCUGUCUCCUCUCGCUCUGGUCUCCUCUCGCUCCUGUCUCCUCUCGCUCUGGUCUCCUCUCGCUCUGGUCUCCUCUCACUCCUGUCUCCUCUCGCUCUGGUCUCCUCUCGCUCUGGUCUCCUCUCGCUCUGGUCUCCUCUCGCUCUGGUCUCCUCUCACUCCUGUCUCCUCUCGCUCUGGUCUCCUCUCGCUCUGGUCUCCUCUCGCUCUGGUCUCCUCUCGCUCUGGUCUCCUCUCGCUCCUGUCUCCUCUCACUCCUGUCUCCUCUCGCUCUGGUCUCCUCUCGCUCUGGUCUCCUCUCACUCCUGUCUCCUCUCGCUCUGGUUUCCCCCUCGCUCUGGUCUCCUCUCGCUCUGGUCUCCUCUCGCUCUGGUCUCCUCUCGCUCCUGUCUCCUCUCGCUCUGGUCUCCUCUCGCUCUGGUCUCCUCUCACUCCUGUCUCCUCUCGCUCUGGUCUCCUCUCGCUCUGGUCUCCUCUCACUCUGGUCUCCUCUCACUCCUGUCUCCUCUCGCUCCUGUCUCCUCUCGCUCUGGUCUCCUCUCGCUCUGGUCUCCUCUCACUCCUGUCUCCUCUCGCUCUGGUCUCCUCUCGCUCCUGUCUCCUCUCGCUCUGGUCUCCUCUCGCUCUGGUCUCCUCUCACUCCUGUCUCCUCUCGCUCUCGCUCUGGUCUCCUCUCGCUCUGGUCUCCUCUCACUCCUGUCUCCUCUCACUCUGGUCUCCUCUCGCUCCUGUCUCCUCUCGCUCCUGUCUCCUCUCGCUCCUGUCUCCUCUCACUCCUGUCUCCUCUCGCUCCUGUCUCCUCUCGCUCUGGUCUCCUCUCGCUCUGGUCUCCUCUCACUCCUGUCUCCUCUCGCUCUGGUCUCCUCUCGCUCCUGUCUCCUCUCGCUCUGGUCUCCUCUCGCUCUGGUCUCCUCUCACUCCUGUCUCCUCUCGCUCUGGUCUCCUCUCGCUCUGGUCUCCUCUCACUCCUGUCUCCUCUCACUCCGGUCUCCUCUCGCUCCUGUCUCCUCUCGCUCUGUCUCCUCUCACUCCUGUCUCCUCUCGCUCUGGUCUCCUCUCGCUCUGGUCUCCUCUCGCUCUGGUCUCCUCUCGCUCUGGUCUCCUCUCGCUCCUGUCUCCUCUCCUCCUGUCUCCUCUCGCUCUGGUCUCCUCUCGCUCUGGUCUCCUCUCACUCCUGUCUCCUCUCGCUCUGGUCUUCCCCUCGCUCUGGUCUCCUCUCGCUCUGGUCUCCUCUCGCUCUGGUCUCCUCUCGCUCCUGUCUCCUCUCGCUCUGGUCUCCUCUCGCUCUGGUCUCCUCUCACUCCUGUCUCCUCUCGCUCUGGUUUCCCCUCGCUCUGGUCUCCUCUCGCUCUGGUCUCCUCUCGCUCUGGUCUCCUCUCGCUCCUGUCUCCUCUCGCUCUGGUCUCCUCUCGCUCUGGUCUCCUCUCACUCCUGUCUCCUCUCGCUCUGGUCUCCUCUCGCUCUGGUCUCCUCUCACUCUGGUCUCCUCUCACUCCUGUCUCCUCUCGCUCCUGUCUCCUCUCGCUCUGGUCUCCUCUCGCUCUGGUCUCCUCUCACUCCUGUCUCCUCUCGCUCUGGUCUCCUCUCGCUCCUGUCUCCUCUCGCUCUGGUCUCCUCUCGCUCUGGUCUCCUCUCACUCCUGUCUCCUCUCGCUCUGGUCUCCUCUCGCUCUGGUCUCCUCUCACUCCUGUCUCCUCUCACUCUGGUCUCCUCUCGCUCCUGUCUCCUCUCGCUCCUGUCUCCUCUCACUCCUGUCUCCUCUCACUCUGGUCUCCUCUCACUCCUGUCUCCUCUCACUCUGGUCUCCUCUCGCUCCUGUCUCCUCUCGCUCCUGUCUCCUCUCGCUCUGGUCUCCUCUCGCUCUGGUCUCCUCUCGCUCUGGUCUCCUCUCACUCCUGUCUCCUCUCGCUCUGGUCUCCUCUCGCUCCUGUCUCCUCUCGCUCUGGUCUCCUCUCGCUCUGGUCUCCUCUCACUCCUGUCUCCUCUCGCUCUGUCUCCUCUCACUCCUGUCUCCUCUCGCUCUGGUCUCCUCUCGCUCUGGUCUCCUCUCACUCCUGUCUCCUCUCGCUCUGGUCUCCUCCUCGCUCUGGUCUCCUCUCGCUCUGGUCUCCCCUCGCUCUGGUCUCCUCUCGCUCUGGUCUCCUCUCGCUCUGGUCUCCUCUCGCUCCUGUCUCCUCUCGCUCUGGUCUCCUCUCGCUCUGUCUCCUCUCGCUCCUGUCUCCUCUCGCUCUGGUCUCCUCUCGCUCUGGUCUCCUCUCACUCUGGUCUCCUCUCGCUCCUGUCUCCUCUCGCUCUGUCUCCUCUCGCUCUGGUCUCCUCUCGCUCCUGUCUCCUCUCGCUCUGGUCUCCUCUCGCUCUGGUCUCCUCUCGCUCUGGUCUCCUCUCGCUCUGGUCUCCUCUCGCUCUGGUCUCCUCUCGCUCCUGUCUCCUCUCGCUCUGGUCUCCUCUCACUCUGUCUCCUCUCGCUCUGGUCUCCUCUCACUCCUGUCUCCUCUCGCUCUGGUCUCCUCUCGCUCUGGUCUCCUCUCGCUCUGGUCUCCUCUCACUCCUGUCUCCUCUCGCUCUGGUCUCCUCUCGCUCUGGUCUCCUCUCGCUCUGGUCUCCUCUCGCUCUGGUCUCCUCUCACUCCUGUCUCCUCUCGCUCUGGUCUCCUCUCCUCUGUCUCCUCUCGCUCUGGUCUCCUCCUCUGGUCUCCUCUCGCUCUGGUCUCCUCUCGCUCUGGUCUCCUCUCGCUCUGUCUCCUCUCGCUCUGGUCUCCUCUCGCUCUAAGACCGAGACCGCCGCAGAGACCGAGACCGCCCGCAGAGACCGAGACCGCCCGCAGAGACCGAGACCGCCCGCAGAGACCGAGACCGCCCGCAGAGACCGAGACCGCCCGCCGAGACCGAGACCGCCCGCCGAGACCGAGACCGCCCGCAGAGACCGAGACCGCCGCAGAGACCGAGACCGCCGCAGAGACCGAGACCGCCCGCCGCAGACCGAGACCGCCCGCCGCAGACCGAGACCGCCCGCAGAGACCGAGACCGCCCGCAGAGACCGAGACCGCCCGCAGAGACCGAGACCGCAUCAGUCCGAGACCGAGACCGCAUCAGUCCGAGACCGAGACCACACAGCUCCUCAGUCUGGGCCACAAAGGCAGUGA